UGUAUUGAUAGUAAAAUAGAUUUCUGUCUUAUUGAUUGUAGGAAUAGUCGGUAAGAAUUACACACACGUGUAACCAUAAAAUAUACGUACACAUAAAGAAAAGUAGGCCAUAUGCCACAGACGCUGUGACUAUACCCUUUCACUUUUAGGAACUACUUCUCUAAAUUGCUUAUGAUGACAAAAGUAGAAAGCAUUUCGUUUAAGUUACCUGCAUCUCCAAAAGAAUUGUUAUUAAUCUAUUUGUUCCAAGUAUCAAAGUGAAAUAUUUCAAAUAUUAUGCAAUUGAUUGAAAUUAAAUGGUUUAUUUAAAGCGCCACAUUUUAUAUUUUGAACUGAAAUAUUUCUCAAAAGUUUGAUAUUUUCGUAGUAAAUUCGUUUUUUUCUUUGUAACACGAUGGCCAAGAUAAAAGAUAAUACCGUUCAGGUAGUAUUUAUUUCCUUACUUCUGGAUCUUUUGGCAUUUACUAUGAUAUUACCAUUGCUACCAGCUUUAUUAGAUUAUUAUAAGGAAAUAGAAAAUGAUCAAAGUAUGUAUUUUAAAAUUUUACAUUACAUACAAAAUACAAGGAAAUUUUUUUAUGCACCUGACAAAGUCAGCACAGUACUUUAUGGAGGUUUUCUUGGAUCUAUGUAUUCCUUUUUACAAUUUUUGGGGUCACCAAUUGUAGGAGCACUAUCAGAUAUAUAUGGAAGAAAACCAUUGAUGAUGUUUUGUUUAAUAGGCAUUACAAUGUCUUAUUUAUUAUGGGCACUUUCAUUUAACUUUACUAUAUUUGUGUUAGCAAGAUUUGUUGGUGGUAUUAGUAAAGGAAAUGUUAGUUUAUCAAUGGCUAUUAUCAGUGAUGUUACGUCACCAAAAACACGAGGAAAAGCAAUGGCACUUGUUGGUAUAGCUUUUUCAAUAGGUUUUGUUGUGGGUCCAAUGAUAGGAGCAUUUUUUGCAUGGAUUUCAAGCAAUAACAGAGAAGGAGCUUGGUAUAUAAUACCUGCUAUAUUUGCUCUUUUUCUAGCAAUAAGUGAUUUAUGUUUUGUUAUUUGCAAUUUAAGAGAGUCUUUACCAUUGGAACGUAGAGCAAAGAGUCUAAUAUCUGGUGUAUCUGGAAUUGUUACUUAUAUUAAUCCUAUAGAUUUGUUCCAAUUUAAUGGAGUAUCCGGUAUAAAUUCACAAGACAAAAAGAACUUAAAAACACUGGGUUAUGCAUAUUUUAUGUAUUUAUUCAUCUAUAGUGGGUUGGAAUUUACCUUAACUUUCUUAACUCAUUAUUUGUUUGAAUUUACAAGCAUGCAACAAGGAUGGAUGUUUCUGGGAAUUGGAUUAGUUAUGGCAAUUUUACAAGGAAGUUGGGUACGAACAAUUCCAUCUAAUAAAACAAAGUCUGCUGUAGAAUUGGGCUUAUGGCUGACAGUUCCAGCAUUUGUUUGCGUAGGUUUGGCCACUGAUAUAUUAAUGUUAUCUAUUGGAUUACUUCUAUUUGCAAUUUCAACUGCCAUGGUUGUUACUUGUAUGAUGACACUUGUUACACGUAUUGGACCUGAUUAUCAAAAGGGCACAAUAACUGGAGUUUUCCGUUCUUUGGGAGCAUUAGCUCGAGCUUGUGGACCUAUUGUUGCUUCUAUAGCUUUUUGGUGCAUUGGUAGUAAAACUACAUAUCUCAUUGGAGCUGUACUUCUUAUAUUUCCACCUGUUAUUCUUCAAAGGAUAAAAUUGCCUUAAGUAACAGUAUUUAUAUAUGUAUUUGCAUUUUUAAAUUUCAAACGAAGAGACUUUUACCAAGAUUUUUGAUGUACUUUAUAAGUAUUUAAAAAAGUAUUUUUAUAUAUUUAUCAUA